GAGGCCGAAACCCCGGCACAGCACUGCGUCGUGGCGAGACCUAUCCACUCCCCUCCAUGCACCAUCGCGGCUCACUCCUUCCCAGCCACACUACCCACCACCACGACACCAACGCGCCACGCUCCACCCGACGACGGGGGCGAAGCACCCCGACCAGCACCGCCACCACCCUCCGGCCGCGCGCGCAGCGCGAGGCCGCCACCCGCCACGGCGCGCCGCGCCCGUCCUACCAUGCGGUGACGCCCGAAGCCGCCACACCGAUUGCCUCGCCGCCGCACGCACAUGCAGUUCCCCCCGUCGCCCGCGCGCCCCAUGGCGGCGGCCGUCUCCGCCUCCGUGCCCGCUGUGUCCUGCCUGCGACUCGUCCUCCCCGGCUUUAGCGGCCUCGUCCACGCCUCCCUCCUCGCGAGCCGCGGCCGCGCCCGUGGGGUGGCGGUGAGGUCGGGCGCGGCCCCGCCCGACCCGGCGGCCAUGCUGCGCCGGCCGGCCGCCGCCACGACGGCCGCCGAGGAGCGGGAGGCCGACGCGGACGCCUCGUUGGGCUCUCCGGUGGACGACGAGCCGCCCGAGGAGGGGCGGAGGAGGGGGCCCGAGAGGGAGUGGGUGGACUGGGAGGACCUCAUCCUCGAGGACACCGUGCCGCUCGUCGGCUUCGUGCGGAUGAUACUCCACUCCGGCAAGUACUCAAGUGGUGAGCGGUUGAGUCCUGAACAUGAAAAGGCAAUUCUUGAACGAUUGCUUCCAUACCAUCCACAAUAUAAGAAGAAAAUUGGAUGUGGUAUCGACUACAUCACGCUAGGGUUGCAUCCAGAAUUCGAGAACUCAAGGUGUUUGUUCAUAGUUAGGACGGACGGCGAGCAGGUCGAUUUUUCUUUCUGGAAGUGCAUCAAGGGUCUCAUAAGACAAAAGUACCCCGUGUACGCGGACAGUUUCAUUCUCAGACAUUUCCGCAGGAGGCAAGACUACUGAACUAGUGAUCCGUACGGUUGUUUUCGUGUAAUAUUUCUGUGAUUUUGAUCUUGUCCACGCGCCUUUAAUAUCAUGUGAUUUAGCAUUCGUCCAAAA